AUGCGUAUCAUAGAAAUACUAAGUCACAUCAUGUACAGUUUUACACGAAGUGUGGCAGACCAUUACAGCCCAGAAGAUUCAGAAUUUACGGCAGAAUCUUCUGACUACGUUCCUCUACAAAGCACAGGUCUAGAAUGGAACCAUCAACCGGUUGAUGAGCUUAUUUAUCAAGAAUACAGCCACUCUGAUAACGGUUUUACUAUAAGGGUGCUGGACGCUUGUUCACCAGAGAAGAACGAAGAAAUUCCAGAAGAUCAGCAAGAUGAAGACAGAGCGAUGGCUUGGAAGCGACUUAGACCAUCUUCACUUCGCACAGUUCGUAAAUCAAUGUACUUCGGUGCACUGAUUUCAAUACUGACGGCUAUGGUCAUAGGCUCGUUGUAUUGUUUGAUCAGUUACGUAUCUUUUCAAACCAUGUUUAACUGCCAAUUUCACCAAAAGAAGUCCAUCCCCGUGAAAAUUCAAUGGAUGAGAACAUUAUCUGAUGCUGCAAGCUGUGGUUUUAUUUACAUGUGGUUCCUUGUGAAUAUCUUUUUUCUUUUUUUACCGCAUCAGCUUCAAGGGCUGAGGAGGAAACUUAUUUUCGGUACUUUUAUGCUAUAUUGUUUGGACGCACUUUAUCGUGUAAUCCUUCAGAGCUCGGGAAUAUCCCAUUCUAGGCUAACCAAAAUACAAAUGAUUCCACUCAUCGUUUUAUUUCUUGUUAGCUUAUGUUGGCAAGGUUAUCAAUUAUGGAAUCGCUUCCAAGUAUUGUCACGAGGACGUAUCUUUUUUUUUGUGCAAAUUGCAGCACCGGGCUUCUUUACUUUUCUCAUUGGUAUCGUCACGGUGUAUUUCACUUACCCAAUGUACAACGAAGAAAAUGAAAACAGAAAACUUCUUAUUGCAAUCUUUGCUCCCCUCUCUGGACUCCUUCUCAAAGUCAUCGUGCGAAUUUGCAUUCAAUCCUCAUGGAACAUCACACAUCCGGGAUAUACCUACAUCUUGUUCGUGCCUCUUUAUUUCGGCUCAGCGAUUUUGUUUCGAGUAAUGCAGGCAGAACUUGAAAACAUCAGCGCAAUCACUAUUCUGGGAAUAAUCCACGGGGCUGCAGAAGUUCUAGAACGAAGCACCAUGGUUGUCAUCGAUCACAUAUGUCAUGUUGUUUUGAAAAGAAGAGCAGUAUCUUGGGGAAGUUUUCGUACUCCUCGCCGUGAGAGACUAAUGGCUGAUAUCGCUAUCAUUAGUAUGCUGUAUGAAUCAACUGCUAUAGUGUCUGUUAACGGUGUUCUGUACUUGCACAAAUUUAUUUACUUAAAGGAAAACUCUCUUUCAACGUUAUUCCAGAGGUUUUUGGUGGCGAGCUCAGUCCAGCUAGUGAUUGAGUGGUUUUUCAACAGCAUCUCUCUGGCAAUUGAGACUUAUCAUCAGAACAUAGCUGUCAUGGCUGUUUGGCAACGAAAAUGGAAAAGACACGUUUUGGUGGCGGUGAUCAACGUGAUCCCUUUAGCAUUAUGUUCUACACUACCAAUUAUUCAAUUUAUGCACGGGCAGCUUGCUAAGUCCCGAACUGACCAGCCAUGCAAAAUGCCAUUUUCUUAG